GCCCAGGAGGGCUUUCUGGGCAGGGGCCUGGGAGCUGAGCUUCUGCCAGAUGGAAGCGGGGCUUUGGAAAGAGUGAGAGUUUAUCCAGAGGACGGGAGCAAAGGAUGGUGCUAUGGGCAGAGACUGGCGUGGGGCACCGGGCGGGGGUGUGAGCAGAGCUUUGGGAGUGGCCGGGAGGCGGGCCCACGGCCGCACCUGCUUGGGGCCUGGUGGAGAGCUGGGUUUAUAGCAGCAGCUGGGCAGUCAGAGCCCCGGAGCAGCGCGUCACCGGGCAGCAUGCUGUGUGCGCUGCUUCUCCUGCCCAGCCUCCUGGGGGCUGCCACGGGCAGCCCCAUCCUGGGAACCUCGGGCCCCCCAGAGUGUGCCAGGGGCUCCGAGGUGUGGUGUCAGGACCUGGAGGCCGCGGUGAAGUGUGGGGCCGUGGAGCACUGCCAAGAGGCUGUCUGGAGCAAGCCCACCGCCAAGUCCCUGCACUGCGAAGUAUGCCAGGAUGUGGUGGCCGCUGCUGGAAACGGGCUGAACCCGGAUGCCACAGAGUCCGAGUUCCUGAUAUCGCUGAUGAAGACCUGCGAGUGGCUUCCCAGCCAGGAGUCUUCAGCCAGAUGCAGGCGGAUGGCGGACACCCACAGCCCAGCCGUCCUGAGCAUGCUCCGUGGAGCCCCAGGCCACCGCCCAGCGCAGGUGUGCUCAGCGCUCACCCUGUGUGAGCCGCUGCAGAGGGUUCUGGCCGCGCCGGGGGGGCCGCUCACCCAGGAGGGUGCCUUUGAGGCUGUGGCUCCAUUCCUGGCCAAUGGAGCCCUCACCUUCCACGCCCCACCGCCAGCACCUGAGGAUACUGUGUGCCAAGACUGCGUCCGGCUGAUCUCCCGGCUCCAGGGUGCCCUGGGGCCCAACCUGACCCUGGCCGAGGGGAACAUCCAGGAGCAGUGUGAGUCCCUGGUGCCCAGCCUGGCUCUGCUCUGCAAGAACUACAUCCACCAGCUCUUCGGCCCCACAGAGCAGACUCUGAGGCUUCUCCCGCCACAGGAGGUGUGCGGGAAGGGGGGCUUCUGUGAGGAGCUCAGGGGGCCGGCGUGGCAGCUGCAGCAAGUGGCUGCUGUGGACGGCGUCCCCACCAUCGACCUGCCGAAGAUGACGAGCGAGGUCCAGAUGACGUCUGGCCUGACCUGUGAGGUGUGCCUGGGCAUAAUCAAGGAGAUGGACCAGUGGCUGAUGUCCAACGGCACGGAAGUCUUCAUCACCCACUCCCUGGAGCGCGUGUGCUCCAUCAUGCCCCCUUCCAUCGUCCGGCAGUGCGUCGUCAUGGUGGACACCUACAGCCCUGCCUUGGUGGAGCUGGUCACCAAAAUCACUCCGGAAAAAGUAUGUGAGACCAUCCGGCUGUGCAGCCGCCGCCGGCGCGCCCGGUCCCUCUCCAGGGGGGGCCUGAUGACCACCACACCCCUGCCGCAGCCAGCCCUGCUGGACGAGGAGGAUCAGGGCAGCUUCUGCCACAGCUGCAAGCGCCUGUUCCACCUGUCGUCCGAGAACCUGGAGCUCAAGAGCACCAAGCGGGACAUCCUGAUGGCCUUCAAGGGCGGGUGCAGCAUCCUGCCGCUGCCCUACAGGAUCGAGUGCAACCGCUUCGUCACCGAGUACGAGCCCGUGUUCAUCCAGAGCGUCAAGGAGAUGAUAGACCCCUCGGCUGUGUGCAAGAAGAUGGGGGCCUGCCACGCCCCCAAGAUCCCGCUGCUGGGUACCGACCAGUGCGUGCUGGGCCCCAGCUUCUGGUGCCGCAGCCGGGAGGCCGCCGAGCUGUGCAACGCCAUGGAGCACUGCCAGCGGCAGCUGUGGAAGCAGAAGCACUUCCACACCAGGGCGCACCCCUGACCCCAGGCAGCUGCCAGGGCCCCCGGCUGCCAGCGCCAGUGACGCAAGGCUCCGUACCCCAAGGGACCCUAAGAGGUGGGUGCUGUCCCGUCCCGUUUCACAGAUGAGAAACUGAGGCUCCACACAGGAGUCUGGGGAGGAGUGGAGCUGCCAGUCAAAGCCAGGCACUUCUGGUCUUGCAGGGCUCUGUUAACACCUCCACCUGGUGGCUUUGCCCUCGCAAAUGUCACCAGCAGGGCCAAGCAAGCGAAGCGCACUGCCCCAGCAGAGCUAAGACUGGCUGUGACGCUGUGGCGCUGCUGACAGCCCCGGAAGCCUGGCAGGGGCCUCGAUGUGCCCUCCUCCCCUCCCUGAGUGGACAACCCCACUGCCAGCCAAGGCAGGACCAGGGAGAAGGGCGCGGGGCCAGAGAGAAGGGCACAGGGCCACCGACGGUCAGCUGCAGUUCCUUCUCCCACGGCUUGGGUCAGGGGCUGGGUCUCAACCUGGGGUGGCUGGGGUAGCUCCCAAGGGUGCAGGCCAGGUACAGGUGCCUCCGGACUUCACUGGGGAGGAGACUGGGGCUUUGUCCCCAGUUUCCCAAGGGGUAUUUCUGAUGUGUUGGCCCCCCAUGGGGACCCUGUCCCCUCCCCUAGGCUCUCAGCUGCCCUGGUACAAAGAGGAAGUCUUAGAUAGGGGUGUUCAGCAUUGGAAGAGCAAAUCACGCUGGGUAGAGCCCUGGCAGCAGCCCCAAGGGGUGCAGAGUGGGGAGGGCUGUCCAGCAAGAGCCAUGCCCCAGUGAGCCGGCCCUUCCCUUCCACAGCCUCAGUUUCUCAUCUGUAGAAUGGGAUGGUCACACUUUCCUCAUAGACAUGUUGAGAUGAUUCAAGGAAAUGUCCUCACGCUCCUUCUCCUGGGCACCAGCACCCAGUGGCCUGCUGGGACCAGCAAAACCCACCCCAGGGAGCCGAGGGUCCCCAGGGGGUGUGGCUGUGUGAGUGUGGAUAAACCACAGGCGUGCUCCAAA